AUGUCGGCCUGGAACACCAGCCAGGGCUGGGGUGCGGGUGACGCGACCGCAACCCCUGUCGGUGCUACUCCGUCCGUUAAGGAGGAGAACUCUGCCGAUACUACUGCACCGGUUCUCGAGCAGAAGGUUGCGGCUGAUCCGAACGCAACCCCAGCCGAUGUCCCUUAUGACUACACUCAGUACACCACUACUGAGGCCCAGGGCAAGGAGAAUUGGGAGGGCAAUGCGGCUGUGUAUGAGUGGGAUGGUGAAGAGGGCGACAUUGGCCCUGAGUUCCCGGAUCUGGAGCUCCAGCUGUUUGGCAAGCCCGAGAAUCGCGAGUCGGGUGGCAUUGAUUUCUCGAAAAUCGCCUCUAUCGAGAUGACUCAGGAGGGCCCAGUCCGGGUCAAGCCUGUCAUCAAUUUUGACGACGCCGGCCUGCACCCUGCUAUGCGUCGCAAUGUCGAGUUGGCUGGAUUUGUCAACCCGACCCCCAUACAGAUGUAUUGUCUGCCUGCCAUCAACGAUGGCCACGAUGUCAUUGGCAUCGCCCAGACUGGAUCGGGCAAGACGGCCGCCUACAUGGUGCCUAUCCUCAACAAGUUGAUGGGCAAGGCCAAGAAGUUGGCUGCAAAGCGCCCCAACCCGGCAACAUUCCGCCCUGGCAUUGACCUCGCUGUUAGGGCUGAGCCUCUUGUGGUCAUCGUUUGCCCAACUCGCGAGUUGGCCAUUCAAAUCUUCAACGAGGCCCGGAAGUUCUGCUACCGCACCAUGCUGCGUCCUUGCGUCGUCUACGGCGGUGGUCCGAUGCGUGACCAGAUUGCGUCUCUGGCCAAAGGCUGCGAUGUUCUGAUUGCCAGCCCCGGUCGCCUUGUCGACUUCAUUGCGCGCCCGGAGGUGCUCACUCUCCGACGUGUUCGGUACAUGGUCAUUGACGAAGCCGAUGAGAUGCUCCACGAAGACUGGGAGGAGGAGUUCAACAAGAUCCUCUCUGGCGGUGAGCAAGAGGAGGGCAAUGUCAAGUAUCUUCUCUUCUCUGCUACCUUCCCCAAGAAGGUCCGCGAUCUUGCCAAGACUCAUCUAGCCGAGACCCACGUGCGCUUCCGCGUUGGACGUGCCGGCAGCACCCAUGGAAACAUUCGCCAGAGCGUUGUGUUCGUCGAACCUCAUCAGAAGCGCAAGGCUUUGACCGACUUGAUUUCCUCGAUGCCACCUGCACGUACCAUCAUCUUCGUCAACAACAAGCGUGCCGCGGACGAGCUUGACGAUUUUCUGUUCAACCAGGGCUAUCCAUGCACCUCGAUGCACGCCGACCGCACUCAGCGCGAGCGUGAGGAUGCCAUGCGAGCUUUCCGUCGUGGUGAUGCGCCCAUCCUGAUCACCACGGGUGUUGCUGCCCGUGGCAUCGAUGUUCGCAACGUCAUGCACGUUGUCAACUUCGAUCUGCCGUCCGUUGACAUGGGCGGUAUCGAGGAGUAUACGCACCGUAUCGGACGCACUGGACGAAUUGGUCACCGCGGUUUGGCCACCUCUUUCUACUGUGACCGCGAUGAGGGUCUCGGCAGUGUUCUCACUCGCACAUUGCUCGAGACCGACCAGGAGAUCCCUGAUUUCUUGCAGCAGUUUGUUCCGGAGGGUGACGCGCGCGUCAACCUCAAGUUCGAGGCAGACUCGGACUGGGAGGAGAAUGAUGGCGCUGGUGAUGGUUGGGGCGCGACUGGUGAUGCUGACGGCUGGGGUGCUCCUGCUGCCGGUGAUGGUGAUGCCGCCCCUGUCGAGUCGUUUGGUGGUUGGUAA